AGAGAUAAGGGGGCGGUAGUAGGCGAGAAAGACCUGUGUAUGAAUCUAAAUUGAACUUACUUUUUGUAUGUCGGUUAGUUUUUUUGUGACCGCUGCCGCGUGUUGUAUCGUAUGCGACGAUUCAUUCGGAAAGACACAGCAACAGGGCAUAGAACUAUAGGAUGUCGCGGACAGUUUCAGCUUUUUGGAUGGGGAUGCACGAUUAGCACAGUGAAACGCAACGCGGAAAAUAUUUAAAAGGGAGAAUGCGAAUGGUUAGAAAAGAUCGAAUUCAAAUAAAAUUGAAACAAUGUAGCAUCGCUGCGGCAUUCCAUAUAGCUAGAAGGACUACUAGAGUAGAAAAUAGAGCGCUAGUUAACAAAUAUACACGCAACGUUACUUAUCAGAAAAGCUCAAACAGUCUGUAGAAAGCUGGUUGAAACAAAAAUAGUUCGUUGGUGUCCCCAGCUACCAAAGAAGACAGAAGAAAAAACCCUCAAAUAUGCUACGGAGAAGACUGAACCGUUUGUUUGGUAGGGACGAGAGGAGGGUGGACAGCAGGACCAUCUACGUAGGCCACCGGCCCUGUCCUGCCACCGACGCUUUCAUCCCCCCCAAGUUCUGUGACAACAGGAUUGUCUCUUCCAAGUACACGGUGUGGAACUUUCUGCCAAAGAAUCUGUUUGAACAGUUCAGAAGAAUCGCCAAUUUCUACUUCCUAAUCAUCUUUUUGGUGCAGGUGAUAGUAGACACCCCCACCAGCCCAGUCACUAGUGGCCUGCCAUUGUUCUUCGUCAUCACAGUCACAGCCAUCAAACAGGGCUAUGAGGACUGGCUGCGGCACAAGGCAGACAAUGAGGUGAAUAAGUACCUGGUGACGGUGCUGGAGGACGGCCGGAGCGCACGCAAGGAGAGCGAGAAGAUCAAGGUUGGUGAUGUGGUGGAGGUGGUGGAGGAUGAGACAUUUCCCUGUGACCUCAUCCUGCUGCAGUCCAGCCGGGAGGACGAGACCUGCUUUGUCACCACGGCCAGUCUGGACGGGGAGUCCAACCACAAGACCCACUACACAGUGCUAGCCACAGAGCAGGACCUGGAGUCUCUCAGCGCCACCAUGGAGUGCGAGCAGCCGCAGCCUGACCUCUACAAGUUUGUGGGGCGUAUGCACAUCUACAGGAAUGACCAGGAGCCUGCUGUGAGAUCUUUGGGUCCAGAGAAUCUCCUCCUGAAAGGCGCUACCUUGAAGAAUACUCAGAAGAUUUAUGGAGUGGCAGUGUACUCUGGCAUGGAAACCAAAAUGGCUCUGAACUACCAGGGGAAGUCCCAGAAGCGCUCUGUGGUGGAGAAGUCUAUCAAUGCCUUCCUGCUGGUGUACCUGUGCAUCCUGGUGAGCAAGGCCCUGGUGUGCACCACGCUCAAGUACGUGUGGCAGAGCCGACCAGGCCAGGAAGAGCCCUGGUACAACCAGAAGACGCAGAAGGAGAAAGAUGCCAACCUGUACCUGAAUAUGUUUACUGACUUCCUGUCGUUCAUGGUGCUGUUCAACUUCAUCAUCCCCGUGUCCAUGUACGUGACGGUGGAGAUGCAGAAGUUCCUGGGCUCCUUCUUCAUCUCCUGGGACAAGGACUUCUUCGACCCUGAGAUCCAGGAAGGGGCUCUGGUCAACACCUCUGACCUCAACGAGGAGCUAGGACAGGUGGAGUAUGUCUUCACGGACAAGACGGGCACUCUCACCCAGAACAGCAUGGAGUUCAUCGAGUGCUGCAUCGACGGCUUCCAGUACAAGUACCGUGACUUGAGUACCGAGCUGGACGGCUUCUGUGUCACAGAUGGAACCGUGAGCAUGCUGCAGGAGAAGGCUGGCAGGGAGAAGGAGGAGCUGUUCCUGCGAGCUCUGUGUCUGUGCCACACGGUGCAGGUCAAGGAGUCUACGGGUCAGGAGGACGGGGUUGAGGACCAGGUGGACGGUGUCCUGGGGCUGGACGGCGAGAUGGUCCACCCUGCAGAGCUCAGGGGCUUCAUCGCCUCCUCACCCGACGAGGUGGCACUGGUCAAGGGAGCCAUGAAGUAUGGUUUCACAUUCCUAGGUAUGGAGAGCAAGAACAUGAGAGUGAUGAACAGAAAUAAGGAUGUUGAAACGUACGAGCUGCUUCAUGUGUUGAACUUUGACCCCGUGAGAAGGCGUAUGAGCGUAAUAGUCAGAUCCAAAUGCGGGGACACCAUGCUGUUCUGUAAGGGGGCCGACUCCUCCAUCUUUCCCCGUGUCAGGCAGGAGGAAGUGGACAGGAUACACAUGCACGUGGAGCGCAACGCUACGGAGGGCUACCGGACGCUGUGUGUGGCCUACAAGCUGCUGAGCUCUGAAGAGUAUGCCCAGGCAGACGCAGGGUUGAGGGAGGCUAGGCUGGCCCUACAGGACCGAGAGGAGAAACUCAUAGCUGUCUACAACCAGGUGGAGACUGGGAUGAGCCUGAUCGGAGCUACCGCCGUGGAGGACAGGUUGCAGGAGGAGGCAGCGGAGACCAUGGAGGCCCUGCAGCGAGCCGGCAUGAAGGUGUGGGUGCUGACGGGGGACAAGAUGGAGACGGCCAAGUCCACGUGCUACGCCUGCCGGCUGUUCCAGAAGGGCACAGAGCUGCUGGAGCUGACGGUGCGAACCCUGGAGGAUGGAGGGAGGAGGAGAGAAGAGCGACUGCAUGAGGUGCUGUUAGACUACCACAAGAGGGCAGUGCAGGACGCUCCACCGGUCAAGGCUGGGAUCAGCAGGAGCUGGUCUUCAGCUAAGCAGGACUACGGCUUCAUCAUAGACGGAGCCACUCUGUCCUUAGUGUUCAACUCCUCUCCAGACUCCAGCCACUACAAGAGUCUGUUCCUCCAGAUCUGUCAGAACUGUACCACUGUUCUGUGCUGCCGCAUGGCUCCCCUACAGAAGGCCCAGAUUGUGAACAUGGUGAAGAACUCUAAAGGCAGCCCUAUCACCCUCUCCAUCGGAGAUGGAGCCAACGAUGUCAGUAUGAUCCUGGAGGCACACAUUGGCAUCGGUAUAAAAGGUAAAGAGGGUCGCCAGGCAGUGAGGAACAGUGACUAUGCCAUCCCUAAGCUCAAGCACCUGAAGAAACUGUUACUGGGGCAUGGGCACCUCUACUACGUUCGCAUCGCCCACCUGGUGCAAUACUUCUUCUACAAGAACCUAUGCUUCAUCUUACCACAGUUCUUGUACCAGUUUUUCUGUGGAUCUUCCCAGCAACCCCUCUACGACGCAGCCUAUCUGACGAUGUACAACAUCUGUUUCACCUCAAUGCCUAUCCUGGCCUACAGCCUCUUGGAGCAGCACAUCUGUAUGGAAGUCCUGAUGGACAACGCCACCCUCUACAGGGACGUAGCAAAGAACGCCAUGUUGCGUUGGGGCCCCUUCCUGUACUGGACCCUACUGGGGGUCUACCAGGGCCUCCUGUUCUUCUUUGGAGUCCGCUUUCUCUUUAGUAACCCCGCCCUGCAGGACAAUGGCCAGGUGUUUGGGAAUUGGUCGUACGGAACGAUUGUUUUUACUGUCCUCGUCUUCACCGUUACGCUAAAGCUGGCUAUGGACACGCGCCAUUGGACGUGGAUCAAUCACUUUGUCAUCUGGGGCUCGCUGGCCUUCUACAUGUUCUUCAGCUUCUUCUGGGGUGGGAUCAUAUGGCCCUUCCUUCGGCAGCAGCGUCUCUACUUUGUGUUUGCUAACAUGCUGAGCUCUGUGUCGACCUGGCUGGUCAUCAUCCUCCUCGUCCUGCUCAGCUUGCUGCCUGAGAUCCUGCUGCUGGUCCUCCGCAAGCCCCGGUGGCCCCACUCACGACAGAAGCCAGUGGUUCAGUCGGGCGAGUGGGAAACCCAGUCUCCCCGGUCUUCAGCCAGGCCCCUGCUAAUGCGAACCUUUUCAGACGAGUCCAAUACUAUCCUAUGAACAGCCUUCAGAGGACUCCCUCCUACAGACAUCCAGGUAAAACAAGGGGCUAAUCUCGCAUGUCUAACGCCUCGGUUAUUGCUCAUGGUCUUGGGUUCCAUAGACAUUUAGAACCCUGGUUGAUGAUCACGUUCAAUCAGAGCAAUAGACAUUCUAUGAUUUGAUUCCAGCUGAUCUGUUUUCAGGGGAGGUGUGUCCAAUCGAUUUUAUCUGGGGGUAUGUUGUCAAUUCUACCUGAUUCUGGGGGUCAUCAUUUAAUGCUGUCUGUGUCAUGGUGUGGCUGGGUCUUGCCACCGUCCAGUGGUUGGCAAUUGGCAGGAGCAGGUUUCUGUCUAUAGAGGUGGACUGACUUCUGUGUGUGUUUUUGUAUUGUUUUUGUAUGUCCUCUCCAGAACGCUGCUGUCAUGCCCUUGUCCUACAAGCACAUGAAGGAGCAGGAGUGAAGGGCACAAAGGAGGAUCAACUACCCUGCGGCCUGCGUCUUUCAGGAGCCUAUGGCACUCUGGAUGCCUGGGCUUUUGCCUGAUCUAAAAAGAAAAUGUAAAACAACGUAAUAGAAAUGACAAAAGACCCAGGGAUGACUCCAGCAGUGUUCUGAGUACCUCUGUUCCACUGCUGCCUCCGUCCUUCCCUUCUUCCUGUUUCCCUCCCCUUGUCAGCAGAUUGCUGCACCACUGGCACACGCAGCACAGGCCAUUUUUACCACGUUUUUACUGGACUGCUCAAACAUGAGGCAUGAGUUUCCGCAGUUUAUUUUUCUUUGCUUUCCGUUUUUGAAUAGUACAGUAGCGGGGGGGGAAAUGUAAGUAAAUGCGUACACGGCUGCCUUGUCAGAAGUACUCGUACAGUCUGCUGUGUUCUAACAUGCAGCCACGCCUCCACUGUCCCAGAAUGAUUCAUCUGCAUGAAACUAAGGAGGCUCCAUGAAUGCCACAUUCCACUUGUUAUUUGUAUUUUUCUGCAAGGUUUAUAUAUAUAUAUAUAUAUAUUUUUUUUUUUUACAAAUGUCACUUAACUUUCUGAAACAGAAAUUCCACUGUUCCAGGUCCAAAUCAUUAGUUUAUAAGUUACAUGAUUCCAAUCCAGUCAAGUCCAACGCUAAGAGAGCAUGUUCACUCAGUGCAGACUACACUGCACACAGGUUACUGGAUAUCUUCAAAAUGUUUUUGCCUUGAAUACUGAGAUGGGAAGGUUUAGAGCACAACUCCAUCUGGGUUAAGUCUCCAUUUUCCCAUCUCCCCAAAGUGUGUGAUGAAUCAAAAUGACUGGUGAUGAGUUGUGCUUGCCAACAUUUCUACCUGGUUUGGUGUUUGUAGCAUGACUUUAAUCUUCCGACCUUAAAGCCAGUGAUCAUUUUAAGAAAAUCCCAAUUGUAUAGAAAAUUAAUAUAUGUGCUGUGUAUAUAGCUUAACCUGUUAGAAUAUCUAAUGCUUGAUGCCAAAAAUGUGUCUGAGCUGGGGUGAUGCAAGUGUCAUGCCCAGCACUGUCCAAAUGAUUGCGAACUAUGUCGCUGAGAAUGUGUGUGUGUGUGUGUGUGUUUGUUAUGUAUCUGCGCCCAGCAGCACAAUUGUACUGGAUGGGAAUGAUGGCCUCAAAUCAACCUGUGUGUUACAUUGAGACACUUACAGCGUUUAACCAGAAUACCUGUCGCUACCUUGUAGAUUUAGUAUGUGGUUGUCAUGACCUGUCCUCUAAAGGACUUCAGGAGUUCUGUGGAUUUUCCUUUGGGCAGGUGGUCACAAAGGCACAUUGUUAUAUGCGCAUACACACACACACACAAAUGCACACACACCUAUGCAUCCACAAAUGCACACAUGCACUAAAAGCCUAAAAUUACCAGUUAGUGUUGUUUGUCAAAGGUGGGCUGACGUUGGUGGGUAAAGAUCCCAACUCCAGACUUCCUCUUUCUUGUCACCAUAGGUAAUGCCACUGUGAGGCUUUCUAUCCACCUGCUACCAUACCUGAACAUCUAUCUCCAUUUAUGAUAUCUGAAAUAGGUUUCUUACUGAAAGACUGUUCUGACUUCUAGCGUUAGUGCUUCAUACAUUCCAUUUCUACAUGCCAUGAUUUUAAUCACUUUUAGACGCUAUAUGGGAAGAUUUUUUUGGAACAUGUAAAAAUCUAUUUGACAUAUUUAUUGUUCUGUGUAAUUUGACUCACACAUUUUAUAUUUUUAUUACAUGAAUCUUUUUUAAUUGUACAGAAUGAUCAGCUUUGUGCAUCUUCAGUAUGCCUGUGUUACUUCAGACCAGAUGUGUGCCCAGUGCCAACCCAUAUCAUCUGGAUCUCACACACACCUGCAGGUAAAAAUGCCAUAACUAUCAAAUAUGAUGAUUACCAUCACUGAUGGUUGUAGUUCAUUAGUUGAGUAUCCUUAGUCCAGAUGUGCUCCAUUCCAGCUCCUUAGUGGUUGGAGAUACUGUAGUAGCUACGUAAUGGCUGUACAUGACCUGUGAUAUACUGAGCAUGUGCAGCCUGGUGCCCCUCCCCUCUGUCACACUUGGCAGAAUUCAGGACACGGCUCCCAUGCCAAAUGUGAUUUACCAUACUUCCAUCAACCACAUAUCACGUACUGUACCAUCUUGUGGAGAAGAAAAUCAUAUUUUCCUUGACUUCAAGGGUCUAGAGUUUCCAGAGGGUUGUGUUAACCAGAUGGCUGUAACACAGGGAACUCUUUUGGAAUGUUUCCUUUUGAAACACUAAAGCUAUGAGGAUGAGGAUUAUGGACUUUUUAGACUAGCGUGAAGACACCGCUGGACUUUCACCUGCCUGGGCUCUGUGACCUAGGUCAUGGGGUAGGAGGAGGACUUUCUGUAUAGGAAGGGGGGGCUGCCUGCAUCGUUUAAAAAAACAAACCUUUAACAUUACAUCAGAGAUGCUAUUUUGAAAAGCUUUAAAGUAUUGAAUACUCUUGUUUUGCCUGACAAAAAAACUAAAAUAAUUGAUUGUAUUUUAAAUGCAACCUUUUUCCAGCCACUUUUGUAAGAAUAAUCUAAACGUCCAAAAAAAGCAUGAGAGGCUGGGUGAAUGUGGAGAAUGACCCUGUCCAUGGGUGACUGCUGUGGUGGGGUGCCGUAGGAUCUGAUGGGUACAAAGUGGGCACCUCACCCCGGCGCCAGGACCACCCCACAUCUGGCCCCUCAGUCUCCAGCCUCGGCACUCUGAACCUCCGAUCUGAAUGUACCACUUUAAGACCAGUAUGUUCAACACAGUUUUUCUGUAGUAAAACAAUGUUUUGAAGAAAA